AUUGCAAUAAAGAUUCAUGAAAAGUCUCCAGUUUAUGUCGACAUUGAUUUUCAUCGACAUCGAUCUCCCCAAGUUUGAUCGAAUGGAAUGCGAUUGAGAAAUGUCAUAUGUCUGCUGUGUUUACGACAGAUAAUGUAGGAUAUGUGUAAUGUGGUGAAUCGAUAGAAAGUGUGUAAUGUCAUAAUUAAGAUACAUGUUCUAUUUUCUGUUCGCAGUCAGUAUUAAUCUAGACUCCAAUACCUUUGAGAUUUCAGAUGGAUACUUUGCACUGAACUUAAGUUUUGUGUAAGUACAUCACCAUGUCAAACAUAAUACCACCAAUGGUGUCAUCAUCACCUCCGCCUUUGGAUGACAAUCCUGAUGAAGAUGAUGAUGAUGAUGAUGACGACGACGACGACUUUGGUGAUUUUUCGAUGGGAGAUUUGUCAUUUAACGCCACAGAUGCUACUGGAAAUCAACAGACUGAUGGUAAUGUAACAUGCAGAGAAAGUGUUACUGCACAAACCAGAAUUCCUACAAUAAUGCAAGAAGCAGAAGCCCCUGAUAUGAAACAAAUUGAUAAACAAGUGGAAUCUUAUACUAGCAUAACUCAAAGCUGCAAUGGUCAUCAGGAUAUAUCUAUUGUUAAUUCUGUUUCACGACAUGAAACAGACCUUAAAGAAGCAUACAGUAAAAGUCAGCAAGAACUAAAUGAUAGAAAUGGUGCAGAUGAUGUAAAUUCAUUAGGAGAUACAUCACACUGUACUCCUAAUGAGGUUGCUAAUUCAAAGUCUUCCAUUCCCGGACAGUCAGCUCUGAACAUUGAAGGGGGCACAUUGCUUUCAGAAAUAACUGAUUCAGAUACAAAAAGCAGUCUAGUCACAGAAUUCCCUGUUGUAAGUACUGUGACUGAAGAACCUGUAAGUGAAAGUAUUAAGUAUAACGAUGAUUUUGUGACAUCAGCAGAUGGACCAACUCCUGAAGAGUGUGAAUCACAAGAUAGUUUAUUUACUUCCUCUGACUUUUCAGUAGUGGUUGAGGGUGACACACUCAUCAAACCAUUGCCACUGAAAUUGGACCUUAGUGAGUCUGUGAAAGACACUACAAAAUUAAGUUGUGAAAGUGAAAAUUUUUCCGGACUAGUAGUGUCUGAAAUUGAGAAGUUUGAAGAUAUUUCCUACCAUGACAGCAGUUCUGAUGAGUUUGGUGUUUUCCAUAAUGUAACUGAAUUGCCAGAGGAAGAACUGGAGGACCUAAAAUUUGAUAAAGUGGCUUAUAUUGAAUCUGGAAACAGUAGUGACAGUGAAAGACCAAAUAGAGGUAAUGGGGCAUCAACAGAGAGACCAUCAGUGCGUGAAGAAUCUUCUUUCUUCCCGGAAGCACAAAGUGGAGAAAGUGGAAGGACAGACUGGGUUGAUGCUUCAGCUACCCAAUUACAUGAUGUGAUCCCAGAUUCCAUGCUGGCUGAUGAUGAUUUUGGAGAUUUUGAAGCAGUAGAGUUCUCAUCCACUGUUAAACCCAAAGAAGAUAGUACACAGGUGGUACUGUCAUUGGAAAGCAAGAUCCUAGCGUUGUUUCACAGCUGCAAAGACACUCCCACUGAGGAGCAUACUGAACAGACGUGGCUUCCUCUAACAAAUUACUUACAAGCCUCCCAAAGUAUCUGGGCUCAUCUGAAAAAUAUAGAAACUACGCAUGCGUUGUCUUACCAAUGGGCAGGGUCAACUUCAAAUAAAUUACUGCUGUCUGCUCUUGGUAUAGAUUCACGAAACCUUCUCUUUGGCCCACGCUGGAAUGCUUCUGUACCAAGAUUUGCUGCUAAUUUGGGAUUCAGCCCACUGGAGCCAGUGCGAGCUUCCAGUAUCAGCUCACCUGUAUCACCAUCUGCGAAGCCAGAUCCACAGACAUCUGCAGUGGAGACUGUUAAUUCUUUGUCUGAGGAUGCUGUUCCUGCAGCUCAGUUUGACUGGACAAGUAGUGGACUGAUUAACCCCCUUGACGCAGGCUGCCAGUCAGCCCUGCUUGACCUCGACUGUCUCAACACAUUUGAUAGCUUAACAACAUCCUCCACAUCUGACACUCUUUGGGAGUUCUGCAGUUUAGCAGCUGAGCCAAAUAGUGUGACUGAAAAUUGUCAUCGUUCAACACAAGAAGAAAUGACAAGUGCACCAAGACAGUUAAUGCAAGACCUGUUGACUUCUGUGCCACUUGGACCUGUGCCCUCUUCUCAUAAUAGACAUGAGGGUCUUUCACAAGAUGCAGUUGCUGUGCUGAAUGCUUUCCCUGAUCUUUCUUUUAUGCAAUCAAAAUUGCUUAUGUUUCCAUUGCGCAAUUCUCCUCCUGGAGACUGACUGGCUUGUUGUUAAUACAUCAAAAGGCUUGUUUAUUAAGUUUGAAGUGUUCAGUAUUUGUUUUAAUAUGUAAGGAAGUUUGUGUUUCAUUAGGAAUACUGAAAGCAAAGAGAGAAUAAUUUUUUUCCAUCAGUGUCUUGCCACAAUGAAAAUUUGGUGAUGGUGCCAUGUGCCUUUAUGUUGAUAUACUAAUAUUCUUACCUUUUCACCUGAACAGGAAGUACACUUAGAGACGGCAACAUAUUAAUAGUAUUCUGCAGCUAGCAAUCUUAAAAUUCGUGCACUGACAAACAGAGAAUACUUUCAAAUUGAAAGGUGUAAUUAUAUACAGAGAAAAAUAUUAUCAAAUUCUGACUAUGUGACCUUUAUAAAAUAAAAAUAAUUUUCUGUAUGUGUAAGUAAUCUGACAUAUCAAAACUGUAACACAGUGUAAAGGCUUUUCUAAUAGAAAGUACUUUGUUUAUGGCAGCUAAGAAUUGGUACUUCAAGAAAUAUAACUUCACAGGCAAGUUAUACAGUAUUAUUGGAGAAGAUUUAACAGUAUUUAUAGCAUCUCACUUGAUGGCAAGGGUGUCAUUAACUUAAUUUUACAUGUUUUAGGGAAAACUAAAUUUGAUUGGAAUAUAACAGAAGUAAAUUCAGUAAGGAAUUUCGAAAUGUUCGUCACUGGUGAAUAUUUUCCAUUGUACAUGUAUUUUAAUUAUUAAAAAAAUGUACUUAAGCUGGUAUUGUAUUCAGAAAAUUAUGGAACAAAGUGAAAGUUGCAA